CAGCUCGGGAGCGGGACGCGGCGCUCGAAGCCCCGGCAGCGCCCGCCCUCCCUUCCGUGUUGCCUGCCCGCGCGCCAGCGCCCGCUCCGCCCGUGACUUCACUUCGGCUCCACCCCCGCGUGGCGGCGGCUCGCUCCGUCCGAACCCGCGCUCGGCACCAGCCCAGCCCGGGCAAGCGGCCGCCACCUGCCCCGAGCCGCCUCUGCCCGCCCCCACCGCGGCCCAACUUGGAUGGAGUUGGGGUCCUGAGCUCCUGCUCCUCGUAACCGGCCAGCGGAGAGCCCCGCGCCGCCACCUCCAGUCCGGGACCCCUUCUCCGCUCCUCUCCGCUCCCGCAAUGGGAAAAGUUGGCGCCGGCGGCGGCUCCCCAGCCGGGCUGAGCGCGCUCCUCGCCGGCGCGGGGCUCUUAGUCCUCUGCGCCCCGGGCGCCUGCGGCGGCGGCGGCUCCUGCGGUCCCCCGCUGCACCCCAGCUCGGCCCCACGCUGGGCUCCGACCCGAGGGGGCCUUCCUCACCUGGGUCCGCGAGGCAGGGCUCCUGCCACGCCCCUGCUCGGACGCCCCGUGUUUGCAGUGGCCCCCGGAGACCGAGCGCUGUCCCUGGAGCGGGCCCCGGGCACUGGGGCGUCGGUGGCGAUUGCUCCACGCUCUGGCCGGAGGAGACGGAGUGGAGAGGAUCAAGAGAAGGCGGAACGGGGAGAGGGCACGAGAAGACGCCCCCGGGGAGUGCUAAGGGACAGAGGGCAGCAGGAGCCUGGGACUCUGGAGCGGGACCCGGACAAAGCCACUCGCUUCCGGCUGGAGGAGCUGAAACUGACCAGCACUACGUUCGCGCUGACAGGCGACUCAGCACACAACCAAGCCAUGGUCCACUGGUCUGGCCACAACAGCAGCGUGAUUCUCAUUUUGACAAAGCUCUAUGACUAUAACCUGGGGAGCAUCACGGAGAGCUCGCUUUGGAGGUCAACCGAUUAUGGGACAACCUAUGAGAAGCUGAAUGAUAAAGUUGGGUUGAAAACAAUUUUAAGCUAUCUCUACGUGUGUCCUACCAACAAGCGUAAGAUUAUGUUGCUCACAGACCCGGAGAUUGAGAGCAGUUUACUGAUCAGCUCGGACGAAGGGGCAACCUAUCAAAAGUACCGGCUGAACUUUUACAUCCAGAGCUUACUUUUCCACCCCAAGCAAGAGGACUGGAUUCUGGCAUACAGCCAAGACCAAAAGUUAUACAGCUCUGCUGAAUUUGGGAGAAGGUGGCAGCUUAUCCAGGAAGGGGUCAUACCGAACAGGUUCUACUGGUCUGUGAUGGGGUCGAACAAGGAACCAGAUCUUGUGCAUCUCGAAGCCAGAACUGUGGAUGGUCAUUCACAAUACCUAACCUGCCGAAUGCAGAACUGCACAGAGACCAGCAGAAACAAACCUUUCCCAGGCUACAUUGACCCAGACUCUUUGAUUGUCCAGGAUGAUUAUGUGUUUGUUCAGCUGACAUCAGGAGGACGGCCACACUACUACGUUUCCUACCGAAGGAAUGCGUUUGCCCAAAUGAAGCUGCCCAAAUAUGCUUUGCCCAAGGACAUGCAUGUCAUCAGCACUGAUGAGAACCAAGUGUUCGCAGCGGUCCAAGAAUGGAACCAAAACGACACAUACAACCUCUACAUCUCAGACACCCGUGGUGUCUACUUCACUCUGGCCUUGGAGAAUGUCCAGAGCAGCAGAGGCCCUGAAGGCAACGUCAUGAUCGACCUCUAUGAGGUAGCAGGGAUAAAGGGAAUGUUCUUGGCUAACAAGAAGAUUGACAACCAAGUGAAGACUUUCAUCACGUACAACAAAGGCAGAGACUGGCAUCUGCUGCAGGCCCCGGACACGGACCUAAGGGGGGACCCUGUGCACUGCUUGCUGCCCUAUUGCUCACUACACCUUCACCUUAAGGUCUCUGAGAAUCCCUACACAUCAGGGAUCAUUGCCAGCCGAGACACAGCUCCCAGCAUCAUGGUGGCUUCAGGUAACAUAGGUUCUGAGUUGUCAGACAGCGACAUCAGCAUGUUUGUCUCUUCAGAUGCAGGGAACACUUGGAGGCAGAUCUUUGAAGAAGAGCAUAGUGUUUUGUAUCUGGAUCAAGGUGGAGUCCUGGUUGCUAUGAAGCAUACGUCUCUCCCGAUUCGACAUCUCUGGUUAAGUUUUGAUGAAGGGAGAUCUUGGAGCAAAUACAGUUUCACAUCUAUUCCACUUUUUGUGGAUGGAGUUCUGGGUGAGCCUGGGGAAGAGACUCUAAUCAUGACAGUGUUUGGACAUUUCAGCCACCGCUCUGAAUGGCAGCUGGUCAAAGUAGACUACAAGUCCAUUUUCGAUAGACGCUGUGCUGAGGAGGACUACAGACCCUGGCAGCUGCACAGCCAGGGGGAAGCAUGCAUCAUGGGAGCGAAAAGGAUAUAUAAGAAGAGAAAAUCAGAGCGGAAAUGUAUGCAAGGGAAAUAUGCAGGAGCUAUGGAGUCUGAACCCUGUGUCUGCACAGAGGCUGAUUUUGACUGUGACUAUGGUUAUGAGCGACACAGCAAUGGUCAGUGCCUGCCAGCCUUUUGGUUCAAUCCAUCUUCUCUGUCGAAGGACUGCAGCUUGGGACAGAGUUACCUCAAUAGUACUGGGUAUAGAAAGGUGGUUUCCAAUAACUGCACUGAUGGGGUGAGAGAACAGUACACAGCCAAACCACAGAAGUGCCCAGGGAAGGCCCCGCGGGGACUCCGGAUCGUCACCGCUGAUGGAAAGCUGACAGCGGAACAAGGGCACAAUGUUACUCUCGUGGUGCAGCUGGAAGAGGGUGACGUCCAGAGGACAUUCAUCCAAGUGGACUUCGGGGAUGGCAUCGCAGUGUCUUAUGUCAACCUCAGCUCCAUGGAAGAUGGGAUCAAACACGUCUAUCACAAUGUGGGCAUUUUCCGAGUGACUGUGCAGGUGGACAACAGUCUGGGGUCUGACAGCGCCGUCCUGUACUUACAUGUAACUUGUCCCCUGGAGCAUGUACACCUGUCUCUUCCCUUCGUCACCACGAAGAACAAAGAGGUCAACGCGACUGCUGUGCUGUGGCCCAGCCAAGUGGGCACGCUCACUUACGUGUGGUGGUACGGAAAUAACACCGAGCCCCUGAUCACCUUGGAGGGAAGCAUAUCAUUCAAGUUUACUUCCGAAGGGAUGAACACCAUCACAGUGCAAGUCUCAGCUGGGAAUGCCAUCCUGCAGGACACGAAGACCAUCGCAGUAUACGAGGAAUUCCGAUCUCUUCGCCUGUCCUUUUCUCCAAACCUGGACGACUACAACCCGGACAUCCCUGAGUGGAGGAGAGACAUCAGCCGAGUCAUCAAAAAGUCCCUGGUGGCGGCCACCGGGGUUCCGGGCCAGCACAUCUUGGUGGCGGUGCUCCCUGGCUUACCCACCGCUGCCGAGCUCUUUGUCUUGCCCUAUCAGGAUCCCACAGGAGAAAACAAAAGGUCAGCCGAGGACCUGGAGCAGAUAUCGGAACUACUGAUUCACAAGCUCAACCUGAACUCCGUGCACUUUGAGCUGAAGCCUGGAGUCCAAGUCCUUGUUCACGCGGCUCACUUAACAGCAGCCCCGCUGGUGGACCUCACUCCAACCCACAGUGGCUCCGCCAUGCUGAUGCUGCUGUCCGUGGUGUUUGUGGGGCUGGCGGUGUUCGUCAUCUACAAGUUCAAAAGGAAGAUCCCGGGGAUUAAUGUUUAUGCCCAGAUGCAGAAUGAGAAAGAACGAGAGAUGGUCAGUCAAGUCAGUCGCCCUGAAAGCAGGCCCCAUAUCCCUCCCACUGAACUCAGGCGGCCUGGCCAGCUGAUAGAUGAGAAGGUGGAGUCCCAGCUCAUAGGAGAGUAGCUUUACCCUCCCCUUCCUCCCCUUCUACUCAACCUGGUGACUCAUCUCUCCGGUUGCAAAGAGCAAGACACGCCACUCCACCUUCAACGCCAAAGCGGGGAUCUGCUGGGGCUCAAUUUGCCAUUUAAGGAAAACCCCCAAAGGCUACAGGCAACCUGCUGAUCAGGAAAGAAUUUCGCUCUUGUCAAGUGCACCCUUCUCCAUGACCACUAACUUUGUGUUUUUUUUCUUUGUUGUUCUGUUUCCUAUUUUGCCAGGAAGUAUUUCCAUAGUUGCUGAGAAUCAAAGCACAAAAGAAAUCCCUACCUAUGUAAAUGUUUGACUGGAGGACGCCAGUAAAAACAAAAACAAACAUAAAAUAAAAACAAUCAAAAUCUAAACAAACAAACAAACACUCACUGCAUCGGGACUUUUUAAUUCUUCAGACACAGACAACAAGGGUUUUUAGCUUUAAGCCUGUGCAUGUGGACAGUACCUUGAGAACAUGCUGGGAGGGGCAGUGUACAGGUGCUCUAUUUUAAUGGAAAAAACACUCCCCUUCCCCUUUCUUCGCCUCUCUCUUUUUUCUGAUUGGUUGUGUUUGUAGAAAAUUCCUAACAUAUAUAGGCCAAGGAAAUCUGCAUGUAUUUUUGGAAAUAUUCUUGGCUGUAGAUUUAACAGCUAUUUUAGCACUACAGGCUGAUGGGUGGAUUAGCCACCCCAGCCGUUUUCACGAGACACAAAGACAUGCACAGGAGUUUGAAACCCUGGGCUGUUUCUCUGUUCCACUUUACUUGUUGCCAUUUUUCCCUUCUAAGUUAUCUUCGGGAGCUCUGCUGGCCGGCAGGGGCCACAGGUUCCCUUCUCCAUUCUGUACGGCCACAGGGACAAAGAAGCAAGUUCAAGUUCCAUGGAUGCAGGCAGAAUAGGGAAGGAAGGAAGGCAGUCGGGCAGGAGUGUCAAAAGUGGACCUGUGAAAAAAAAAAAAAAAGUGGACCUGUGUUUCCUGUUCCCCCCUCCCCAUCACGACAGCUUCCCCCUGUAGCUUUCCCUACUCCUGCCCUGUGUAGAAAACAGAAUCUCAGUUCCCCACAUUCUUACCUUCCCAUUUGUUUGCUCUCCACGUGUGGUCAUGAUCUGUCAAGGUCUUUGUGUCUCUCCCUUCCAGUCCCCAAGUUAUCCUUCAACUGCUCCUGCCUUUUCUUCCCAAACAUGUUGCUAGAUUCUGGACAUUCAUCCUGAUGUUCCUUAAAUACUGGCCUCGCCUCUGGCAACCCUGCCUCCACCACCCAAAGCUAAUGAUCUCUCUGUCAACUUUGCACACGCCCAUGCAUGCAGCCUCCAUACACACUGACCCAGCGGCAUCCUGCCCUGCAGGGUUCAGCUUCAUGUAUUUUUUUUUUUUUUUGUAUCCUCCUGUAGACCUGCCUCUUCCAAAUAUCCUUGCCUUUCCCCCCUGGAAACAUAUAAUGUGUGUGAAAGAGUUGAGAUAUGCAAAGCAAUUCAAACCUGGCCCAGGUACCUUAGAAAAGAAAGCAUACAGAUGAAUAGUGGUUUUGUCACACCUUAACAAAAAUCUCCUGCAGUCAGAUUCCAGAAGAUUCUUGUGAGAAAUGUUUUGAACGUGUUACUAUGUGGCAGGGCAAUUUCCUCCUGUGAUGGUUGCUAUUACCCAGUAUUUCCCCUCUCACAGUAGAGUGAAAAUAUUUGUAAAAUGAAACCGAUGUUAAGCAGAAGAAGAAGGAGGUUAAUGGAUUUGAUGUUUGAGUGUCAAAAAGUCUUGAGAAUACAUGGAGGUCUUGUCUUAUAUUAGGAUGGGAUUGUGAUUAUGUAAGAUGACCCUAGACUUCUUACAUGUGUGCUCUUUGAUCUCUGAGCAUAGUAUCAGCAAAGGAAAAUUUAAUAAGCAUAAAGGGGAGGAGUUAUCAGACACAAGCAGAUUGGCUCAAAGCAUGAAGAAAUCCCAGUUCUCCCAGGACCAUCAUGAAAGAAGGUCCAGAGAAAGAGGGAAACAAAAGUAUGUGCAGCAGGAGCCCUUGGAGUAUUACGGAUUGGAUAAAGCCCGCUCUAAAAUGUGGGAGAAAGUGGUUUCAAAAGACCACUCAGAGUGUAGCCUCCUACUUGGCCAUGGCCCCAGGCCAGCGUCAGGGUAUAACAGGGCCCUGGGGACAGUGGGGGUGCCCUAAAGAUCCUGACAACUACUGCCCUGUGUAGCUCAAGUAGGGGAAGAGUAGCAACACUUCAGUCAGAAGUUAAUCAAGCAGAAGAUUUUAUGGUUGAAGAUGCUCGGUAUGAAUCUGGGAAACGGAUUAUGCCUAAGGCAGCCGUCUAUUUGUAGAACUCAAAUGAUCCCCAACCUGCCAGCUUCCUAUCCCAUAGGAAACAUCCUCAUUGAAUCUCUUCAGUUGGAGCCUCCCAAAUUUAAUCUGGAAAACAGAGUGUUUGGAAACCAAAAGAGGCUCAUUCACAACAGUACAGGGAGUCCUCAGAGUUGCAGUUCAAUUAAUUUUCAUUGUUAAACUAUGAAAAAUGGAAUAACACUCCAUCUAGCACAGUGCCUUGCCUAGAGUAGGUAUUAAGAAAGUUAUUUGUUGAAAGAAUAAAUGAAUGAAUACAUGAGAAGACAUAGGGAAGAAGGGCUUGUAAGUCCUAACCUAAAAUAGAGGUGGACAUGAGAUGCCUGGCGUUUUGGAAAGUGAUCAGAGAUGGCCGGUUCUAGAUUCAGCAUCUCCAGGGUCCUCAUGUGCCUCUCCUCAGAGCUCCCUCUAACCUGUAGGAGACUAGUGAGGCAAAGUACUGCUCAGAGGGGACCUUAUUGUUCUUACAAUCUAGCUCCAUGGCUCUCGAAGCAUGGUACCCAGACCAACAGUAUCAGCAUCACCUUGGACUUGUUAGAAACACAGAUUUUGGGUCCCACCGACCCCAGACCUACUGAAUUAGAAACUCCAGGGUUGCGGCCCAGCAAUCUGUUUUUACAAGCUCUUCAGGUGAUUGUGAAAUACACUAAAGUUUGAGAACCACUGUACUAGGCCAUGCCAGCUCAAUCCCGAAGAGAAGGUAGUAAUGAGAAGCUGCCAAUGGGGGGGACCCAAGUGCCUACCUACUCAACAAGAGCAGGUGCAGACACAAUGAGGAGUUUGGUAGGCGUGAGGCCAGAGGAAUGGGUGGGGAGGGAUGGAUGUGGAAGGUAAGAUUCAGGGCAAGCUACAAAUCUGAUAUUGCAAUGUUUUCCAGAAUCCCGGAAGGCAAACUGUGCGUGCUCUACCCUGAACUACCCAACCAACAUUUUCUCCUUUGCCUUAUUUUUAAUUGGAUUCACUGUCCAAAAUGCACAGGUUUGCUUUGCUUUUUUUCAGAAGUUCCAAACAGCAACUUUGAGAGGAAUGGGGUGCUUGGCAGCUGUUCUGUGUUUUCCAGGAUUCCAACUGAGCAUUGAAAUUCCCUCAUUUGCCAACUUAUUUUUAUAGGAAGUCAAUUUAAAAAAAAAAAAAAAAAAAAAGAAAGUUUUCUUAUAGUAUUGGAACUACUUCUAAUUUUAAAAUGACUUUUUUGAUGUAUUUUUUGUUAUAUACUAUGUAGUGUAAUGUAUAAUUGCUCUUGUUUAUUCCUUUU